AGGCUCGCGCGCCCGCCCCCGCCCUGGCCCCCAGUGCCCACCCGGUCGGCCCGGCACAGCCAUGAUCAAGGCGAUCCUAAUCUUCAACAACCACGGGAAACCGCAGCUCUCCAAGUUCUACCAGCCCUACAGUGAAGAUACACAACGGCAAAUCAUCAGGGAGACUUUCCAUUUGGUAUCUAAGAGAGAUGAAAAUGUUUGUAAUUUCCUAGAAGGAGGAUUAUUAAUUGGAGGAUCUGACAACAAACUGAUUUAUAGACAUUAUGCAACGUUAUAUUUUGUCUUCUGUGUGGAUUCUUCAGAAAGUGAACUUGGCAUUUUAGAUCUAAUUCAAGUAUUUGUGGAAACAUUAGACAAAUGUUUUGAAAAUGUCUGUGAGCUGGAUUUGAUUUUCCAUGUAGACAAGGUUCACAAUAUUCUUGCAGAAAUGGUGAUGGGGGGAAUGGUAUUGGAGACAAAUAUGAAUGAGAUUGUUACACAAAUUGAUGCACAAAAUAAGCUGGAAAAAUCUGAGGCUGGCUUAGCAGGGGCUCUAGCCCGUGCUGUAUCAGCUGUAAAGAAUAUGAAUCUUCCUGAGAUCCCAAGAAAUAUUAACAUUGGUGACAUCAGUAUAAAAGUGCCAAACCUGCCCUCUUUUAAAUAAAAAUGUAAAAAGGCCACUCCCAGGUAAAAUCCAGGGGGAAGAGUCAUCUAAGUUUACCAUGCAGUUGUUUACCAAAAAUAGAGGAGGAGAGUCUUAACUUUUGCUCUUGGAUUUAAGUCAAGGUACUGUAUAGAAGUUGUGUAAAAUCAGUGUGAAAGUUCGAUGUUGCUGUUCUUGCUCAGCGAUUUUAAAGAAAUUGAGUAGUUCCUAUGUGAUUUUUUUUUCUUUUCUAAACUGCAUUCCUGUGCCCAUGCCUCUAUGUAUUGGCUACUACAGUGUUUUAAAAAGUGUUUCAGAUAUUUCUCUAGUUAUGUACAACGUAAAAUGUUGGUGUUUUGUAUGGAUCACAAGUGCAGCAUUCCUUAAUUCCUUCUGCUAUAUGUCACACAAUUGUUAUUUAAAGAACCAAGUAUGUAUUGCAUGAAAACAUUAUGACCUUUUUCUCUUAGUUUAAAUAAACUCCAAGGUAACUGGACUUCUAAAAAAAAAAAAGAUUAUG